CCGAGCCGAGCCGAGCCGAGCCGAGCCGUGCCGCCCCGCGGUGGGCGGGCCGUGCCGUGCCGCGCUCCGCUAUAAGGCGGCCCCGCAGCAGCGGUGGCCCCGCGAUGCCAUGUGCGUCCCGCGCUGCCUCUUCCUCCCCCUCCUCCUCUUCCUCCCGCUGUUGGCGGCCCCCAGCCCCGCAGUGGCCCCGUCGGGGCGGCCCCGUGCCCGCCGAGGUCUCACCUACCCCGGGACGCUGUGGUGCGGCGCCGGGAGCAACGCGGACAGCUACGAGCAGCUGGGUGAGCACCGUGACACCGACCGCUGCUGCCGUGACCAUGACCACUGCCAGCACGUCAUCCACCCCUUCACCUCCCGCUACGGUUACCGCAACCUGCGCUGGCACACCAUCAGCCACUGCGACUGCGACCGCCGGCUGAAGGAGUGCCUGCAGCAGGUGAACGACACGGCGUCGCGCGUGGUGGGACAGGCGUUCUUCAACGUCAUCCAGGUGCCGUGCUUCGAGUUUGCCUACAAGGAGGAGUGCGUGCAGCCGUACCUCUACGUGUGGUGCAGGGCGUACAACACGGUGGCCGUGGCGGUGCCCAAGGAGCCGGUGCUGUAUGAGUUUGGUGGGGAGCUCAUCGACAGGGCGGCGUGGCCUGGGGGGGAACCCCUGGAUCCCCCAGCUGUGAAAGCGAGGAAAAGGAUGAAGGAGAAGAGGAAGAAGGGGAAAAGUUUGAAGAAGAGCCCUUCUGGAAUUGGGGAGCUGAGCCACGCCGCAUCCAUCCCCCCCAUUGCCCCCAGCUCAGGGGGACAGGGCAGCAGGAAGAGGAGGAGGAAGGAGAGGAACAGAAAGAAGAGGCUGAAAAGCAACACUGAGGCAGCGUGAGCCCCACGCCCACCCUGUGGGGGCCCUGGUUGUGUUAAUGAAUAAAGUGGGUAAUGAGCAGCCACUGAAGUGCUUGGGGGUCUGGGGGGUGAGAGCCACGGCGGGGCCAGAGAGGGGGGAUAUGGGGCAGUGGUGCCCAUCCGACACACGGGUCUGGUCCUGGUGUAUGACAGCAAGGAAGAACCCAAGGUCUGCAGGGCCGUGUGAGGAAGAGAUACGUGGGCUCCAGCUGCACCUCAUCGCUCACACUGGCUCUGGUUGUGGCUCUGAGGAUGGCAGUCACAGCAGUGCACAGGGCUGAGCCGUUCCCCUUCCUGCCCCAUCAGGGAUGCUGUGAGCACAGCACAGAUGCAGGAUGCACAGACAGGCCGGAUUCAGGCAGUUUCCCAAAAGUAGAACUUUUUAAUUGGGAAAACUAAAAACAAAGAGGGCCGGAAAGGAGCCGACAGCACUCAGUCAGCCCCCCCCCCGCCCCUCCUCAGUAUGGCUCCGGUAAAGAGCUGCUCCCAGUCAGAAUCCUGCCAUCGAAUUUCAUGAAAUAAAAAAGAAAGAAAGAAAAUAGCGGAAGGUUAUAGCAGGGCUGCCCCCCACCCAGGCAGGCAGAGGCCCCAUCCCACCCUUGCGGGGCUGCAGAUCGCGAUGGCAGCCCCGAAACGGGAGCGCAUGGCUCAGUGUCUGCUUUGUCCCCUGUGCUGCUGCCAUUCUUCAGGAGCAUUUACAUGCAAAAAGCCCUUUGUU